UGCGAUGCCCAGUGACACCCCGGCCUUCAGCAAGCCCUCGGACGUCGCGGGCCCGGGGGACAAGGCGAACAGCUUCGGGAAGGCAGCGGCCCCCAUGGCGGCCGCCCCGGCGGACAGCGGCGCCGCUGCAGCGGGGAAGAAGCGGCCGCGACUGCCCAAGUGUGCCCGCUGCCGCAACCACGGCUACUCCUCGCCGCUGAAGGGGCACAAGCGCUUCUGCAUGUGGCGGGACUGCCAGUGCAACAAGUGCAGCCUAAUCGCCGAGCGCCAGCGCGUCAUGGCAGCGCAGGUUGCCCUAAGAAGACAGCAAGCUCAGGAAGAGGAACUGGGAAUCAGCCACCCAGUGCCCCUGCCCAGUGUCCCUGAGACGUUUGUUAAGAAGAACAGUGGUGGCAGCUCUUGCCUCUCGCUGGAAAGCAGCAGCCCAAUGCACUCGACAGGUACAGCCAUGACAACAGCCAGUACACCACCAGAGGGACGGAUGCUCAUUCAGGACAUCCCUUCCAUCCCCAGCAGAGGGCACUUGGAGAGCACAUCUGAGUUGGUUGUGGACUCCGCCUACUACAGCAGUUUUUACCAGCCUUCUCUGUAUCCUUGUUAUAACAACCUGUACAACUACUCCCAGUACCAGAUGGCAGUGGCCAGUGAGCCUUCCUCAAGUGAGACAGGGGGUACAAUUGUAGGGUCAGCCAUGAAGAACAGCCUUCGAAGUCUCCCAGCAACAUACAUGCCGAGCCAGUCAGGAAAACAGUGGCAGGUGAAGGGCAUGGAGAGACACCACGCCGUCAGCCCCCAGUACCGCAUGUGUUCCUACUACCCCCCUGCCUCCUACCUGGGACAGGGGGUUGGCGCUCCCAUGUGCCUCCCCCAAAUCCUGACCCCUGAGGACAUCCCCUCCUCCUCGGAGUCAAAAGCGAGAGUGUUUUCGCCGCCCAGCAGCCAGGAUUCCGGCCUGGGCUGCCUGUCGAGCAGCAGCGAGAGCACCAAGGGGGACCUGGAGUGCGAGCCCCCGGCGGAGCCCGGCAACUUCGCGAUGAGCCCGGUGCAGGAGAGCGGCGAGUAGCCGCGGCGCGGCGGC